AUGAAAUCGAACAGGAAUAAAGUAGUUUUCGAAGGAGAGAGCGAUCCGGAGAAGUGGCAGAAAGACUAUCUACUGUUGCUCUCUAGCCUAUCCGCGAGGGGUCUCUCAUGGAGUCUGAAUCGCAGCGUCGGCUUUCUUCUUUUCGAGCGCUUCAGCCCGGGUUCCGAUCCUGCUUUGAUGGUCCGACUCGUCCAUCAAGUCGUGGCGCUUGAAAAGGUCAUGCUGAAGUUGAUACAGAGUUACACAAAAGCGCAAGGUCUUUCAAGGCCUUAG